UAAAGACGACAAAUUCGACAAUACCAGCGACGACGUCGCCGUUACGCCAAAAUGAAGAUUGUGGAAGUUAUCAUUGAUGGCUUCAAGUCGUACGCUGUACGCACUGUUAUUUCAGGAUGGGAUGAUUCUUUCAAUUCGAUUACGGGUCUAAAUGGAAGUGGAAAGAGCAAUAUAUUAGACAGUCUGUGUUUUUGCCUGGGCAUCACACAGUUGACCACAGUUCGAGCGCAGAAUCUCCAGGAUUUAAUUUACAAGCGUGGACAAGCUGGAGUAACGAAAGCAAGUGUGACGAUAGUCUUCGACAAUCGGGACAAGAAGAAGUCUCCAAUCGGCUUCGAAGAAUAUGCCCAAAUCAGCGUCACUCGGCAGAUUGUGCUGGGAGGCACAAGCAAGUAUCUUAUCAAUGGGCACCGAGCACAGCAGCAGACUGUUCAAAACCUGUUCCAGUCUGUAGGCUUAAAUAUCAACAAUCCCAACUUUCUCAUCAUGCAAGGUCGAAUCACAAAGGUACUGAACAUGAAGGCGGUUGAGAUUCUGGCUAUGAUCGAAGAAGCAGCUGGCACACGAAUGUUCGAGGAUAGGAGAGACAAAGCCUUCAAGACUAUGGCGAAGAAGGAGAUGAAAGUCCAAGAGAUUACAGAACUGCUCAGAGAAGAGAUUGAGCCAAAACUUGAGAAGUUAAGGACAGAAAAGCGAGCUUUCCUAGAUUUCCAACAGACACAAAGCGACCUUGAGCGAUUAACAAGAGUCGUCGUGGCGCACGACUAUGUCAAGAAUCAAGAGAAGCUCAAACAAUCAGCUGGAGAUUUGGAGCUCAAGAAGCAACGACAGAAGGAUCUCGAGGACAACGCUGUCAGGUUAAAGAACGAGAUUGAGAAUCUCGCAGAAGACGUCAGAAGAGUCAAGUCGCAACGAGACAAGGAGCUGAAGAAAGGGGGCAAGGCUCAAGCCAUGGAGGAAGAAGUGAAGAAGCACUCGAAUGAGCUUGUUCGUCUGUCGACGGUCAUGGACUUGAAGAAAUCAAGCAUGGCCGAAGAGAAAGAACGAAAGUCUACGAUUCAGAAGACAGUUUCUGAAAUGGAGACUCUCCUGAAGCAGAAGACCAAGGUGUAUGAGAAGAUCCAAGCUCAGUAUGACAAGGCGAAGGACGAGCUGGAGAAGCAAAGCCAGGAAGCAGAGACCAAGGAAGAAUUGCUCCAAACCUUACAGACCGGUGUGGCCUCGAAAGAAGGCCAGGAAAGUGGGUACCAAGGCCAACUUCAGGACGCCAGAAAUCGAGCCAGUGCUGCAUCGACAGAACAGGAGCAAGCCAAGUUGAAAAUUGCCCAUCUCGAGAAACGAAUUAAGGAAGAAGAACCUCGAGCUAAGAAAGCUAAGGAGCAGAAUGCCGGUCUGCUCAGUGAACUUGAAGGCCUUCGAUCACAAGCACAGAAGUUGGAGAAGGAAUUGGGUAAGCUGGGCUUCGAGGCUGGAAAAGAAGAUGACAUGUACAAGCAAGAGAGCACACUUCAGCAGACCAUCAGGAAGCUUCGCGAGCAGUCUGAUGGAAUGAAGCGAAAGGUGGCCAACAUCGACUUCAAUUAUGCGGAUCCAACACCAAACUUUGACCGAUCAAAGGUCAAAGGUCUGGUUGCUCAAUUGUUCACUCUGGACAAAGACAAGACCGAAGCUGGAACCGCGCUGGAGAUUUGUGCAGGAGGACGACUCUAUAAUGUGGUUGUCGACACUGAAGUUACUGGCACACAAUUGCUUCAAAACGGCAAACUCAGGAAACGUGUCACUAUUAUUCCUCUCAACAAGAUUGCUGCAUUCAGAGCAUCUGCUGAGAAGAUUGGUGCAGCCCAAAAGAUUGCUCCAGGGAUGGUUCAUCUUGCCUUAUCACUCAUCGGAUAUGACGAUGAAGUUUCUACGGCCAUGGACUACGUUUUUGGUAACACUUUGAUCUGUGCCGAUGCCGCGACUGCAAAGAGAGUUACCUUCGAUCCUGCUGUUCGAAUGAAGAGUAUUACUUUGGAAGGAGACUCGUACGAUCCCUCUGGAACAUUGUCUGGUGGUAGCGCGCCAAAUUCGAGCGGUGUUCUGGUGACUCUUCAGAAACUCAAUGAGCUGACGAAGGAGUUGAAGUCUCAAGAGGCCACGCUCGCUGAAUUACAAACAACAAUGGCACGGGAGAAGAAGAAGCUUGACCAAGCCAAGCGAAUCAAGCAAGAUCUUGAUCUUAAAUCUCAUGAGAUUAAGCUCACAGAGGAACAGAUUGGCGGCAAUUCAUCCUCAUCGAUCAUUCAGGAGGUCGAGAACAUGAAGACGUCGAUAGUACAGCUGGAAACUGAUCUUACAGAAGCCAAAAAACGGCAAGACGAGGCCAACAAAGACGUCAAGCGUAUUGAGAAGGACAUGAAGGACUUUGAUAACAACAAAGAUGGCAAGCUUGUUGAACUGCAGAAGUCUUUGGAUGCUUUGAGAAAGGCACUUACCAAGGAUUCCGCCUCUGUCAAAGCUCUCCAAAAGGAGCUUCAAGGUGCCCGGCUGGAUUCGGAACAAGUUGGGGGUGAUCUUGCUGCUGCUCAAGAGCAACUGCAGGAGGUUGAACUUACUUUGAAAGCUCAGGCCGAGGAAAUUGCAGCAUUGGUCUCUGAGCAAGCACAGAUGAAGGAUACCCUGGAUGUCGCACAAGCACAUCUUGACGAUGAACGUGCCAAGUUGACUGGAUUUGACGAUGAGCUUCGAUCGCUGGAAGAAGCAUCUCGCUCGAAAGCAUCUCGGAUCACCGAGGAAAGCCUCGAAAUGCAGAAACUUGGCCAUCAAGUCGAGAAGUUUCACAAGGAGCAACAGAAUGCUGUUCAGACCGUGGCACAUAUGGAGAAGGAGCACGAGUGGAUUGCUGACGAGAAGGACAACUUUGGUCGAACUGGAACGCCAUACGAUUUCAAGGGCCAGAACAUUGCUGAAUGUAAAUCAUCUCUUCGAAACCUCACCGAGCGAUUCCAAGGCAUGAAGAAGAAGAUCAACCCUAAAGUCAUGAACAUGAUUGACAGUGUUGAGAAGAAGGAAGUCUCAUUGAAGAACAUGAUGAAGACGGUCAUCAGAGACAAGAAGAAGAUCGAGGAGACAAUCGUGACUUUGGACGAGUACAAGAAGAAAGCUCUACACGAGACCUGGACCAAGGUCAAUAAAGAUUUCGGACAGAUCUUUGGAGAGCUAUUGCCUGGGAGUUUUGCCAAACUUGAUCCUCCGGAGGGCAAGACCAUCAAUGAAGGAUUGGAGUUCAAAGUAUCACUAGGCAAAGUAUGGAAACAGAGUCUCACGGAACUGUCGGGUGGUCAACGUUCACUAAUCGCACUUUCUCUCAUCAUGGCUCUUCUCCAAUUCAAACCAGCACCCAUGUAUAUCCUAGACGAGGUCGACGCAGCUUUGGACGAGUCACAUACUCAGAACAUCGGCCGACUCAUCAAAACGAGAUUCAAGGGCAGUCAGUUCAUCGUUGUCAGUUUGAAGGAUGGCAUGUUCACAAACGCGAAUCGGAUCUUCAAGACAAGAUUCACCGAGGGGACAUCGGUGGUUCAGGCGCUUACUGGUGCUGACUUCAAGUAAACGGUUCGAAUCAGGCUGGGAGUUGGUACAUGGACGAUUAAUGUUUGUGGUGCAUAUGGGUUUUGGAGUUUGGCCAUUUGAGGCUCUGGUACUGGUAUUGGACUACCCGGGCAGGUUAAUGACUGUAUGAAUACCGAACAUUGAUGAAAGAGAUCUGAAAACACGUGAAUAUC